CCACCCCAGCAUCCCACAUCAGCACUUGCGGCAAGCUCGAGAGUCGGGAACAGGAACAAAAGUCUAUUUCCCAACCAACUACAUUCUGGAGGACUUUCUUUCUUCCCCUACUUGCUGAACAGUGAGCAGAACUCAUGUCGUUAUAUAAUUACAACGGAAUAGCUAUUUGAAAGAUGAGACGAGUAUAAUUGAGUAUUGCGUAAUACGGAUACCGUGGAUAACGACCUAGGCACUCCCUACCCACAGAUCGCGGCCAAUCCGCCCUUGCCCGCCCUAAUAACGGGCGCCGACUGUUUUUUUGGCUCCGUCUCCAGCGUGUCACAGUGGGUAAUGGGUAAGUUAAUACCGCGGUCACGUUUUCUGCAGGGGCAUCGAGCCUCAUCUUGUUUUUCUCCGCUCUCGUCUGCGAUGUUUCUUCUGCUGCUCUGUCGCCUCCAUAGGAUAGGCACUCUCUUGCGCGCUUUUAUUUACUCGUCAGGCGCUGGCAUGGUUGCACCAGAGCAGAGCAAACGUUUGUCAAUUGUGAUUGGCUGCCCCUUUGGCUGCGUUACGGCCAGUCCCUCCCCCUCCCCUCUCGUGCUACCGGGAGCAUAGGGGCAUGUGAGACGUCGCAACACCAGCUCAACAACUUGUCAUUCGUUUCUCUCUCCUGAUACUAGAUAAAGCGGGCUAUCUGCUGGCCACUGCUUUUGUAUCAGUAUCAUCAACGUUGAUUUUGCUGGUGGGAACACUCUUUUCGUGGUCGCAUUUCGACGUCCUCCGGCGCGCAGCCAUCUAUCUCUACCUGAAUACACCCAGUCUGUAAAUUCUGGAAUAGAUCUGAGUCAUUUACGAUUCAAGGGACACUUGUCGAUAGUUUCCUCUACACUUGGAUACACCCUUAUACUUCGAACUGGUGAACGUACUUCACGCUUCAAGGGUUUGCCCUGCUGUUACUACAUUCCUUUUGCGGUACCGAUUUGAACCAGAGCUCCCCUUGUUAUAUAUUUGUCGCAGCCUUUUAUUUCUCCUAAGCUUUCGACAUCUACGAAACCAGAGCGCGAAGGCCUUGUUUGGAUAGUGCACCUUCCUUUCGUAUAACCUAUCAUGGCAUACCCGCAGAGGGGAGGCCCUCCUCCACGACAGUACAACGACAGACCACACCCCCCACCCCAGAAUUAUGGCUAUCAAGGGCGGGGACGGGGUGGCUAUGGGCCUGGGCCUGGGCCUGGGCCUCGAAAUCCGAACUACGAUGACCGUGGACAAUACUACGAUGAUCGCCGGGGAUAUGGAGGAGGAGGUGGUGGUGGAGGUGGAGGAGGUGGUGGUAGUGGUGGUGGACAACGGGGUCGUGGAAAUUAUGGCCAGUAUGGUCCUCCGAACCGAGGGCGCGGAGGUCCACCACCAGACCGGUAUGGAUAUGGCGAGCGUCGCCCUAUGAACGGGCCACCACCACCAGGACCACCGCCUGGACCAUCACCUGGACCACUUCCACCUAAUUUUGAUAAAUCAUUCCCUCGACCUCCACCGCUCCAGCAGAGGCCAAGACAUCCUAACGAUGCGCCACCGUUGUCGCCUACACAUCAGGGAGAAUCCUCGUCUGAUAAUCCGUUUCCUACUUUCCCAGCAAGGAGGCGGGGGAAUUCAAACGAAUUCGACAGGCGAAUGGCUAACUUGGACAUAAAUGACCCGUCUAUGGGACCCCCUGAACCAAGACCGCAUACCUCAAACUCUAGCCGCCCUCCUCGACAAAGACAGCAGGAACUGCCACCAUGGGGUGGGGCACCUGGCGGCAGAAACAUGGCACACCCAUCGGGCGUUGAACCUCCGAUGGGACCAAAGAGGAGUGCGACGAUGCCGCUUAGCCAAGGUUCGACUGGCCCGCAGUAUCCAGGGCAGCAGACAUGGCAGGAACCACCUAUGCCACCUCUAGGCACGGCUGGCGGUUCGAACCCCAACAUCGUGUCUUAUUCGGAGGGCGACGUAACGGACAAUGGAAGAGACCUGCCAGAUGACUUCCUCGAUGCCUACCUAGGACCCCAUGAUACAGGAGAGUCGGAUAUGCCGAAUUUCAGCGCAAUGGCGGAUGUUGCUGAUGACAAUAUUGUGCCUGUUGAUACACCACGGGGUAAUGGGUUGUCGACUCCUAAUACUGGAAAUGGUUACACUGCUUAUCGCCCUGGAGCACCCGCUUCAAGCAACAACGCACAUUCGCCAGCAAAUCAAUUUGAGAAUGCGGGGUUCCAGUUUGACCUUCCUCCCUCUCCCGGUGCAGCAUACGACCACCGUCAGGGAGUAGAUGACUAUGGCCCACCCUCGACUAGUGCUUGUCCCCAACGCCAACCAACUGGAGGUAUGCCAGCUGGACCUGCAUAUCAUGGAGAUCCCGGAGGUGGGAUGGGUGGAUAUGGCGCCAGACCACCACCCAAGCAAUACAGCCCUCCAGGCCAAGGCGCGCCUAUGCACUAUCAUGAAGACCAAGGCGGGUACCACAAUCAGUCCGGUGGUUUUUCACCUAUAGAUAACCCGUCUCAAAAUCUGGAUGCGCUUCCUCGUCACCCGGUUCCGUUCCGCCCCGGUCUAGAUAAGGGGGGGAAACCACCCCCAAUCAGGCAGUACGAUAACCCUCCCCCCAUGCCACCACAAGGCCAACCGGGCCACGGACACCCGCCCCCACCCCCGGCGGCGCAUGACAGACCGGCCUCGGCAACCCUAACCCACGAGGAACUCAAUCGUAUUCAACACGCUGCCAAGAGUAAUCCAUCAGAUCACAAAGCUCAACUUUUCCUUGCUAAAAAGCUGGUUGAAGCUUCUAUGGUCCUGAUAGAUGACAACGGAAGGGCUGAUUUAAAAACUAGAAACAAGAACCGCGAAAGGUAUAUUUUUGACGCCCACAAAAUAGUCAAGAAACUAGUGAGCGCAGGGUACCCGCCUGCGAUGUUUUAUCUGGCAGAUUGUUACGGCGAAGGCCAACUCGGUCUGGAGGUUGAUCCAAAAGAAGCGUUCUCCUUGUACCAAUCUGGUGCGAAGGCCGGACAUUCAGAAUCCGCUUACAGACUGGCCGUCUGUUGUGAGAUGGGCUAUGAAGGUGGUGGAGGCACCAAGCGGGAUCCAAUGAAGGCUGUGCAAUGGUAUAGGCGCGCUGCCGCACUGGGGGAUACCCCUGCAAUGUAUAAGAUGGGUAUGAUCCUCUUGAAGGGUCUGUUAGGACAACAAAGAAACCCUCGAGAGGGGGUAUCCUGGCUGAAACGAGCCAGUGAACGCGCGGACGAGAGUAAUCCCCAUGCGCUCCACGAGCUAGCAUUGCUAUAUGAGAACCCCAAUGGAAUCGACGCUGUCAUCCAGGAUGAAGCGUAUUCCCGAGAACUCUUGGAACAAGCCGCGGAGCUUGGGUAUAAGUUUUCACAAUACCGUCUCGGUAUUGCCUAUGAGCAUGGCCUGCUGGGAUGUCCCGUCGAUCCCCGCGUGAGUAUCAUGUGGUACUCGCAAGCAGCUGCGCAAGGCGAGCACCAGGCUGAGCUGUCACUCUCUGGCUGGUAUCUUACUGGGGCAGAGGGAAUUUUGCAACAGAGCGACACGGAGGCAUAUUUAUGGGCACGUAAGGCAGCCAUGGCGGGGUUGGCGAAGGCCGAGUAUGCGAUGGGUUAUUAUACCGAAGUUGGGAUUGGAGUUCCAGCCAAUUUGGAAGAUGCCAAGAGGUGGUACUGGAAAGCGUCUGCACAAAACCAUAUGAAAGCCCGCGAGCGUCUAGAGGAUCUGAAGCGUGGUGGCGCCAAAAUGCAGAAAACGCGAGUUUCGCGGUCCGCCGUCAACAAUCAGAACCAAGGCGACUGUGUCGUCAUGUAAAACAUGCAUGAAGCAGCUAGCCAGCUAUCUUCCGUCCUAUCGAGCAUGGUCGGUGUUCCUUGAAGCUAUUUUUGUUUCUACGAAGCCAUUCGGGCAAUGAAGUUUGUACUUCAAGCUUCUAGAUAUCUUUUUUCUUUCUUGAUUUUUAUUCCCCCUUCUUCUCCCUAUUUUCUCUAUUCUUCGCCUUUUAUUUUUUUAUUUUUUAUUAUUUUUUGUUUUUAAAAACGCCCUAUCAGAACUACGUACAUACUAAUGAUACCAUUAUAUUUCUUCUUGCAUCUAUUCUUAUGUUUUACUUCUCAAGCUUCACUUCACACGUUUACCUUACUUUUCUUGUGUCUUUUUUCUUUCUUUCUGUUUCAUAUUCCUUUACUCAUUAUUGGGACCAAUCCACCCCCCAUGCAUGCUUCAUGGAAUUUAAAGACUGGAUAUUGAAUUUUGGAACUUGUCAAUUAGGGAUAUGAAAUACGGGGCUGUGUGCCCUGGAGCCUAUACGCUCGGGCUCGGGACAAGCCCUAUAAUAGGGGGGAGGCAGUUGUAACGGUAGGCCCUAGGGCGCAAGCAAGCCACCACUAUAAGGAUGGGUAUUUGCGUUUACGGACGAGAUUGUGAUAUAACGGUACACCGGGACGCAUUAAGGCUUUCUUUUAUUCAUGAUAGCCAAAUAAAUCGACGUGUGGAAUUUUGUCUAUGGGAAUAUGUAGAAAUAAAG